CCACCCACCCGCCUCUUCUCGCCUUCCCCCACCCCUCGCCAACCCCACCUCCCACCCCAGCCUCCGCGUCUGCGCAGCUGCGGGUCGCUGCGGCGCCAGCUCUGCAGAGCCCGGGCAGGGUCUGGUUGGGGAGGGUUCCGAAUCCCGUGCCUGGGGAACCCGGCGGGCCCCUGGGACAGAAGGACAAGUCCACCUCGGACGCAUCGCCUCCUGGAGCCAUGAAGAGCCUCAGGCCUGAGCAGCUGCGGGGGCUGCUGGAGCCCGAGCGGACCAAGACCCUGCUGCCCCGGGAGAGCAGGGCCUGGGACAAGCGUGCCACCUUCCUCAAAGACUGGGUGGCUGUGAAGGUUGGGGCGUCCGUCUGUGACAGCGACCAGAAAGACCUGUCUUCUCAGGAGACCAGGUGUCCCCAAGAGUGGAACUCAGUGGAAGAAGAUGAGUCAGAGGAAUCCAAGGGCGUCACGGAGUGGCCGAGGUCCCCGCAGCAAACCACCUUGCUCCUGAUCGUCUGCGUGCUCUUUCUGUUCCUCGUGCUGACAGGGAUGCCCAUGGCAUUCUACAUUUAAGUCCUUCGGAAAGAGGUGCCCCGUGUCCUGGGCAGGAGGCGUCCUGGUGAAACACCAGGAGCGGGUGUCGAAUCUCAUCAAAUGCCUUUCACAUUCAUCCACAUGAUUUUUUUUUUUUUUGUAUUUAACUUUCUGGUGUGAGGUUUUGCUUUACUGUAUUUCAUUAAACUUAAGCCAUCAGUGACUGUCAAAUGUAUAAUUUUAUACACCAUGGGGAAAGAAAGAAAUGCUAUUUAAUGGUAAGAUGCCACCAACUGGGAUAUGCAGCAUGAUCACAGGGAAGGUA